AAAAGGCCCAGCCGUCUUCUUUCCCGUCCGCGUCGCCUUCUCAAACGGAGUCACGGAGCUUGGAGGCGACGGUAAUGGCGACGGCGGAGAAGAAGAGGCCCCGGAUCAGCAGCGGAGCGGGGAGGACGACAAGUAGAAAGGAGGUAUUGGAGAGGAAGAAGGCAAUCGAUGAACUUAUAAGGAAAGCUAUAGCUGUGAAGGACCAUCUAGUGCAAUUCCCUGCCUUCCAUAAAUUUCAAAGAAAUGGUAACUACAUUGUUCCUUUUUACCAUAAUAAAAGGAAAUUUGGACCUGUAGAAGUACCAAUGUCAUGGUAUGACUUAGAACACCUAUCUUUUUCAGGCCUUUCAGUCUACUUGGAGUCUGGACGUGGGGAUAAACUUACACUACCAACGAGGAAGUACAUCCAAAAUCUUCUAAAGGUUAACAUGGAGGAACCCUAUGGACCAGAAUGGCCUUCAGAAGAGAAAAUUAAGCGCCAAGAAAUGGUGGCCCCGGAAGCGCGAUAUAUCUUUAUCAAGCAAUAUUCAAACGGGUUCACUACUGAAUGUUCCAUGAAUCAAGGUGAAGGGGUGGAACAUAACCACACACCAUGUAAUGAAGGUCACUUGGUUGGUUUUGUACACUAUAGGUUUGUUCUGGAAGACGAGCUACCUGUUGUCUAUGUGUAUGAGCUACAAAUGGAGACUUCUGCCCACGGCAAGGGGCUGGGAAAGUUUAUGAUGCAGUUAAUUGAACAGAUAGCUUGCACGAACCAAAUGGGAGCUGUGAUGCUAACAGUUCAGAAAGCUAAUACUCAAGCUAUGGCUUUCUAUACUAAGUUGAGAUAUGUAAUAUCCAGUACCUCACCAUCACGAGUGGAUCCUCAGAUAGGACUUGAAAAAAGCUAUGAGAUAUUGUGCAAGACAUUUGACUCGGAAGCUAAGUCUAAAUUAGAGGAUGGCAACGAAGAACUCUGAAGUCAAAAUUCUCAGGAUGGGCGUGGCCACAGUCCCCAUAGCAUGAUCUGUAGCUAAGCCACAAGUUUACAUGACAUAUUGUCAUGCGGCCCUGUUACUGCAAUUAAAAUUCACAGUGUGGCACGCUUCGCCAAGUUCACAAUUUCCAUCCUAUGUGUCGGUAUCUUUCUUAUUAGUGAAUUGUGUCCAGCUGGAUGCUUAGCAGUUAACAACUCUGCUCAACUUGAUGUAAGCUUGUAAUAGUUACGAUGAAUUCAAUCAUUGUAAAAUUUCUCUGAACACUACUAGAAUCCCAAGGUUUCCCUAGA